AUGAUGCAAUUUAUGCUGCUCUUCAGUCGACAAGGGAAGCUGAGGCUUCAGAAGUGGUAUACUGCCUAUCAGGACAAGAUGAAAAAGAAGAUCUGUCGCGAACUAAUCACUCAAAUCCUUUCAAGAAAGCCGAAGAUGUGUGCUUUUUUGGAAUACAAAGACCUCAAAAUAGUGUAUAAAAGGUACGCAUCACUGUACUUCUGCUGCGCUAUUGAACAAACAGAUAACGAGUUAAUCUGCCUUGAGGUUAUUCACAGAUAUGUGGAAUUGCUUGAUAAGUACUUUGGAAGUGUCUGUGAACUCGACAUUAUUUUCAAUUUCGAAAAAGCUUACUUUAUUCUGGAUGAAUUUCUUCUUGCGGGUGAGAUUCAAGAGACGAGUAAAAAGCAAGUAUUGAAAGCAAUUGCAGCUCAGGAUCUCAUUCAGGAGGUAUGUGCUAAUUUGUAA